AAAAAGCUUUCAAUGGCUUUGGCACAGUCAAUCGCCUCUCUUCCUCCUGCGAUAUCCCUCCUCUCCCCCGCGCGCUACCUUCUCUCGACGGAAACUAAUUGAAGAUUAGCUGAGAAGAAGUCUACAUUGAGAAAUUUGGAUUGGGAUAGUUUAGAAUUCGAACUACCGAAUAUAUAUCCGGGCUGAGAAGUUUGACAUAUGGAAGAUCUCCAUUCUGUUAGUAGCCCUAGAAGAAUACUCAGUCUGUCAAAGAAACGAACUUUGAUCUCCUUGGACAGAGAUGACAAAGCGCCUGGGUUUGGGCUAUCGGGAGAACAUGGCCCCAAACCUUCAGAAGUUUACGGGUUUGUGGGUUCCAUCACAACAGUGGUUGCUACAGUUGUAUACUUGAUCUGGGCAUAUGUUCCAGACUCUUGGCUGCAUUCCGUUGGAAUCUUCUACUAUCCUAGCAGGUAUUGGGCACUGGCGGUGCCUGCCUAUGUCAUGGUUUCUAUAGCAUUAGCAUGGCUAUUUUACAUUGGUCUCAACUUUAUGUCCACUCCACCGCCAACUUCCUUCAAUAUAAUGUUUGGUAAGCUUAGUUUCCUUUAUUCCGUUUACUUUGUUUGCCCUCCUUUGAUUAGAUGCUUUAACUUAUGUUCAUUUUUCUCUCUUACAUUGGUUUCAACCUUUUUGAGAGUUUGAAAUGAUGCAUGAGUUCAUUAUUAUUGAAGCUUUUAAGUCUAAUUGCAGGUAUUUUAUGCUUUUUUUUUUUACCCCUGCCUUUUUAAACCAUGAAUUACUGGAAGAUUCUUAACUUCAAGUCGAAUUGAGAUCAAAGGAAACAAAACUUUUCAUUGGUUUAAUAGAAAGAGACUAAAAAACUCGAAAAUUACAAACUCUACAAAAG